CUUCAUCCCAGUGAUCAGCUACGAGGAAGAAAGCCAUGGGACUGCGAGAAGUCUUUAGUUCUGAGGCGACCGAUGGAUCGUCAGAUGGAACUUCCAACGAGGAGAUCGUGAAUGCCCGUGCGGCCGCCUUGAUCUAUGAUGCCGUUGACGGAGAAGAUCGACCGCUUCCUGCGCAUGGCCAAUGCCAUUUGAAAUCACACCUACUUCGCAGCAGGUGGGUUUGGGUCAUUCGUCUUUGGUCUGUCCUUGGCAUGUUGAUCGAAUUUUUCGUGGAACCACAUUGGUGUUUGCGCCACAGCACUGGACGUUGUCCUAACUCGAAAUUCUAUAUGUCAGAUUUCCCCAAAUUCGGACAGCAAUCAAUUUGGAUGUUGGCAUUGAACGUCAUCUACUUUAUGCCCUUUUUGCUGGAUAUUGGACUGCGGGUCCUUGCAUACGAAGGGAGUUUUGCAACGGCGUCACAAAGAUCUUAUGUGGCAGUUGUGAAUAUCUAUGCCGUGGUUUCAUUCAUUGACUAUUUCGGCCUCCCCACCUUUGACGUCUUGGCGUUUUGCAGACCUUUGAUUUUCUUGGCCUUGCACCAUACCGUGCGCAGAGAGGUCAAAGUUGUUUUGAGCAGUAUUCCACAGGUCUUGGAACUAUUCUUCCUGGGUUUUCUUCUUCUGCUGUUCUUCGCUUUAGUGGCCAUCAUCCUGUUUCCAAUCACUACUGAGGAGGGUCGGAUGUAUUUUCCAAGUCUUUUGACAGGGAUGUGGAGCUUGUUGGUUUUGCUAACUACAGCCAACUUUCCAGAUGUGAUGCUUCCAGCCUAUCGGCUUUCCCGGGCUGCGUUCCUCUACUUUUUCCUCUUCAUGAUCGUUGGAAUGUUUUUCUUGGUCAACGUCCUCACUGCCAUUGUGAUGAGUGCCUACCAGAGGCAGGUUGGAGUGAAUCGCCUCAAUCUCAAGGAAACCCGGCAAAAGAAACUGAACCAAGCCUAUGAGUUGCUGACAACUGAUCCAGAUACUCAUGAAGAAGUUCCAUUGACCCUUGAGCGAAUGGAUGCUGUGCUUGAAGAAUUGAGCCACUUUCGAAACUUUGAGACCGAGGCCCCGAAUUUGUACAGCCAAAUCUCUGCACAAGUCGAUUCCAGUGGAGAUGGAAUUGUUAGCCGUUCGGAAUUUGGAUCACUGAUUUGGGUUAUCACCAAGCACUUGUCAGAGGAGUCACCUCCCCCAACUUUGGAAAAAUGCUUUCCAACAUUGGCAGAGUCAGAUAUAUGGCAGGUGGCAAAGAGCAUUGCAACUUCUGAUUGGCCUGGAUUUGUUAUCGAUAUUCUACUUGUGCUGAAUCUCAUUGAUAUGAUUGUAAAAUUAUGGCCAGAAAUUAUUGGUUCGGAAACUGCAGAGGAGGCGGUUCACGAUCGAAGGGCGGCAAUUGCAGGAUGGGUACAGCAGACGUUCACUUUGAUUCUGGUGCUUGAAACUGUCUUCAAGGUCGCAACCAUUGGAUUGGACAGAUAUCUCUCCAGCCACAUCAAUCAAUUUGAUUUUGCAAUCACAACAUCAGUGGUCGCGAUCUACUUGCUGAAUUGCUUUCCCGAAGUUCUUUUCAGUCAUGCCGACCUUGCUCGAAUCUCACAAUGUGCUCGGCUUUUUCGAUUUUGCAGAAUUUUGGAUAGGUACCAGCCAUACCAUCAUUUCGGCCGCAUUGCUUUCAAACUCAUACCUCCUGCUGUUGAUGUUCUGACCGUGGUGGCAUUGAUAUGCUAUGCCUUUGCAGUUCUUGGGGUUUUCCUCUUUGGUGGUCUGAUCAACGACGACCCAAACGAUCCCAACUACGAAGCAGUGGCCAAGUCGAGCUACGGACAGGCCGACUACAAGGUGAACAAUUUCAAUGACAUUGGCAUGGGAAUGGUCACUUUGUUCGAGCUCCUGGUGGUCAACAAUUGGUUUAUGAUCGCUGAUGGUUUCUCAGCAGCCUGUGGUCCUGGUGCACGGGCCUAUUUCGUGGCAUUCUGGGCCUUUGGUGUUUUGGUGGGUUUGAAUCUGUUCCUGUCAACGAUCAUCGAGGCUUUUACCACCGAAUAUGAAGAGCUUGAAGAAGCGGAUUUCCGACUGCCAGAUUUUAGUGAGGCCACUGCCCUGAGCAAUGCACUCUAUGUGGAUGUGAAACAAUCCUUACAGAUACCGCUAGAUGAUACGGAUCCUACGCAUGAGCCAUUGCCAUCAUAUCGCAGCAGCGACGGGCCCUAAGUAGAGAUAAUGGCUAGUGACUGGCUGUACAUUAUGUUUUUGUUUGCAUGAUAUCUCUGAAUUAGCACCUUUGUGGACCGCAAAGCGACACAUUGACGUCAUUGACGAUCGAUUUAUCUUCGUAAAA